GCGCCUUCCGGCGCUGGGGCUUUCAAGCUCUGGACGCGGGAGAACAGUGCUUGUCUCUAGUUGUGUCUCGGUCAUCGCUGUGUUCUGCGGUCAUGUUCCCGGCCGUCCCUUCACUGCGGACCCCGGGUCCCGGGUCCCGAAGGGGCCCGCUGGCCGGAGUCGGGGGUUCCACGCCCCGUGCGACGAGCAGGAGGGGCCCGUCCCUGGGCUCUGCGGUCGGCACUCCUGGGCCCUUCUCGCCUGUAGGCCGGCGGAGCUCGCUCAGCUCGCGAGGAACACCUACACGAGCAUUCCCGCACCACUCCGUAACUGAGUCUGUGAACUACGAUGUGAAGACAUUCGGAUCAUCUCUCCCUGUUAAGGUCAUGGAGGCCCUGACCCUGGCAGAGGUUGAUGACCAGCUAUCUGUUCACAUAAAUGAAGGUGGCUGGGCUUGCCUAGUCAGCAAAGAGAAACUGCUUGUUUGGAAGAUUACUCUGUCACCUGUCACCAAGUUAUCUGUUUGCAAAGAACUCCAGCUGCCACCUAGUGAUUUCCACUGGAGUGCUGACCUGGUGGCCCUGUCCUUCUCCGUUCCCUCAGGUGAAGCACAUUCCAUUCAGGCCGUUGCUGUCAUGGUUGCCACUAGAGAAGGGUCCAUCCGCUACUGGCCAAGUCUCGCGGGGGAGGACACCUACACAGAAACAUGCGUGGACUUGGGAGGGGACAAGAUCUGCAGGUUCCUCACAGCAGUCAAGGGAGGAAGCUUCAUCUUGUCCUCUGCAGGAAGCCAGCUAAUUCGGUUGAUACCUGAAAGCUCGGGGAAGAUCCAUCAGCACCUCUUGCCACAGGGGCAAGGCAUGCUUUCAGGGAUUGGUCGGAGGGUUUCCUCCCUUUUUGGAAUUUUGUCUGCUAGUAGUGAUCUCAUGCUUGCAGGUGUUCUCUGGGACAGUGGAAGCUCCAGCUUCUACAGCCUCACCAGCUCAAAUAUCAGUAAAUGGGAGUUGGAUGAGUCAUCAGAAAAGCAGGCACACAGCUGGGAUGUGCACCGAGCCCUGAAGGAGAACGUCACCGAUGCUAUCUGGGGAUCUGAAAGUAACUAUGAAGCUAUUAAAGAAGGGGUCAACAUUCGGUAUUUGGACUUGAAGCAAAACUGUGAUGGGCUCCUGAUUUUGGCAGCUGCGUGGCAUCCUGCAGACAACCCCUGCCUGGUCUAUUACUCCCUUGUGACAGUGGAAGAUAACGGCUACCAAAUGUCAGAUGCAAUUACAGUAGAAGUCACUCAGUACAAUCCACCUUUUCAGUCUGAAGACCUGGUCAUGUGCCGGUUGAUGGUCCCAGACUCUUCAAGCCAGACCGCCUACCUGUACACUGAGAACGCUGUCCACGUGUGCACCACUGGGACUGGGAAGUUUUCUCUCCCUCAGGAGAGAAUCAGCUUUAAUUCACAAGGAGAUGGCAUCCUGGGCGCGGGCUCCUGUGGCUGCAUUCCCCUCCUAUUCUCUAGAAACAGCGGGCUGGUGUCUAUCACUUGCAGGGAGAGUGUGUCCCUGCUGGCAGAAGAGCUGGAGGAGUCGUUGGCAUCUUCAGUUGCUGGACCAAGCAGUGAUAGCAUGGUCUUUGAGCCUACCACAAAGAAUGGGACAGUAGCCCAGGAAGACAGGACCAAGCUGCUGAAAGCUGCUUUUCUGCAGUACUGCAGGAAAGACUUGGGUCAUGCUCAAAUGACGGUUGACGAGCUGUUUUCCUCCCACUCCGACUUGGAUUCUGACUCUGAGCUGGAUAGGGCCGUUACCCAAAUCAGUGUAGAUGUGGUGGAUGACUACCCAGCCUCUGACCCUCGGUGGGCUGAGUCUGUUCCUGAAGAGGCACCUGGGCUCAGCAACACCUCCCUGAUCAUCCUCCACCAGCUGGAAGACAAGAUGAAAGCCCAUGGCCUCCUGGUGGACUUUUUGCACCAGGUUGGCCUAUUUGGGCGUCUGCACACAUCUCCAGUCAGAGGGACACCAAUGGCAACCCGCCGGCUGCUCUGUGAACACGCGGAAAAGCUAUCUGCAGCGAUUGCUCUCAAGAACCACCACUCACGGCGGCCAGACCUUGUGAACACUGCCAUCCAGGCGGCGCUGAGCAAGAGGGAGCGGGAGAUCCCACCCAGCCUGACGCCUGCAGACGUCUUCUUCCGUGAGGUUUCCCAGGUGGAUACCAUCUGCGAAUGUCUGCUGGAGCACGAGGAGCAGGUCCUGAGGGACACGGCGCUGGACUCCCUCGAGUGGGCGGAGGUGGCCGUCGACGUCAACACUGUUCUCAAGGACAUGCUGCAGGCUGCUAGUCAUUAUCGCCAAAAUAGAAGCUCCUUGUACAGGAGAGAAGACGCAGGAGGAAAAGAACCGGAAUAUGUUCCAUGGACAGCAACAAGUGGGCCCGCUGGCAUCCGAACCGCUAUCGUGCGCCAGCACGGGAUCAUCCUGAAGAUUGUCUACCCGCAGGCAGACAGCAAUCUCCGCAACAUCCUAAUGGAGCAACUGGUUGCACUGAUUGAUUGCUUUCUGGAUGGCUAUGUUUCACAGCUGAAGUCUCUGGACAGGUCCAGUGACCAGGAGAGAUAUAACAGCCUGGAAAUGGAGUACCUGCAGAGACGCUCAGACCUCUUGUCUCCUCUACUCACACUGGGCCAGUACUUGUGGGCUGCUUCUCUAGCAGAGAAGUACUGUGACUUUGACAUCUUAGUACAGUUGUGUGAGCAGACUGACAACCAGAGCAGGCUCCAGCGCUACAUGACUCAGUUCGCCGAUCAGAAUUUUUCAGACUUUCUCUUCCGUUGGUAUCUGGAAAAAGGAAAGCGGGGCAAGUUAUUGUCUCAGCCUGUUUCUCAACAUGGACAGUUGGCAAGUUUUUUGCAAGCUCAUGAACAUCUCAGCUGGCUACACGAGGUUAAUAGCCAAGAGCUGGAAAAGGCUCAUGCAACGCUUCUGGGUUUGGCAAAUAUGGAGACUCGUUAUUUUGCCAAGAAAAAAACACUUCUUGGCUUGAGUAAAUUGGCUGCAUUAGCAUCGGACCUUUCAGAGGAUGUAUUGCAAGAAAAAAUUGAAGCAAUGGCUGAGCAGGAGCGCUUCCUGCUGCACCAGGAGACCCUGCCUGAGCAGCUGCUGGCAGAGAGACAGCUGCGCCUCGGUGCCAUGCCCGUGCUGACAGCUCCACAGCUCAUCAGUCUGUACAUCUGUGAAGAAAACAGAAGAGCCAACGAGUAUGAUUUCAAGAAGGCUUUGGACUUGCUAGAGUAUAUCGAAGAGGAUGAAGACGUGAACAUUGACGACCUGAAGCUGGAAAUCCUCUGCAGAGCCCUGCAGAGGGACGACUGGUCCAGUUCAGAUGGUAAAGAUGAUCCAAUUGAAGUGUCUAAAGACAGUGUCUUUGUGAAAAUCCUGCAGAAACUUUUAAAAGAUGGCGUCCGGCUCAGUGAGUACCUGCCAGAGGUGCAGGGCCUGCUGCAGGCAGACCAGCUGGGAAGCCUCAAGUCCAACCCGUACUUUGAGUUUGUUUUGAAAGCAAAUUAUGAAUAUUACGUCCAGGGACAAAUGUAAAGUUUUCUACAACUGGUCACUUUCUAAGAUCUGUACAAGUGUGUCCAAUUAUAAAAUUUUAAGUGUGUCUUAAAAAAAAAAGUGUGUCCAAUUAUAAAAUUAAUUGAGUACAAUUAUAAAAAUUUUAGGCCUUAAACACUGGGGAGCUAGUGCACUGUGGUAGCACGUGCAGCAGAACUUUCUCUGUGCUGUAUUUGAAAGCUGAUAUAAUUUGCUGUACUGUGAUUUUGGCUUUUUAUGUGGCAUUUUCUCUUUUUCCACUGAAAUCUAUAUCAGUUGUCUGUGCAUUUACUGCCCUUUCUCUUCAUUAUUUUGUGGUAAUGGAGUUGAAUGCAGGGACGCUCUGCCACCAAGCUACAUCUCCAGCCUUUUUUAUUUUCUUAAUUAUUUAAAAUUUUGAGAUGGGGUUUCCCUAAGUUGCCUGGGUUGGUUGUCGUCCUGCCUCAGUCCCUGAGGUGCUAGGAUCAUAGGCCGCCAUACCCGGCUGACCCUCUCUCUGUUCUCUGUAACGUGGUCCAGUGUGUUUUGCAGCUCUCAUCCUGGUUCUGGCUGCACGUACACAUAUCACUUCUAGGCCUCGGGGGUCCAUGACCCUUAAAAGUGAGGAGGGCCCUGGAGUAUCUCUGAUGUUUAUGACACUGGAGAGGAUUUGGGGUGUUUGACUUCUGUUUUGGUUGGGACUAGUGGGAAAUACCUGUCUAGCAAGAUAAAUGUCAAAUUUUACUGACUUAACACAGAAUUAAAAGCAAAAAACAGUGGGCCUAA